AAAUUUUGAAUAAUGAAAGUGCGUAUGUGUCACUUUAGCAAGCCGCUCUAAUUUUAAUAAUUAUUUUACCUAUUUUUAAUAAUGAAAGAACUAUUUCUAUUUAGUUCACUGUGUUGAAAUCUAUCUCUAAUUUUUAUAGGGUGUAUUUUUACGUCUUUUCUAUGUGUUACUAUCUCGGAGAAACUUCCCUAGUAAUCGAACAAGUUAUCUGCGACAGUAUUCUAUGGCAGCAAUUGAUAAAGUUAAAGUACUUGUCGUCGGAGACUCUGGUGUUGGCAAAUCAUGUUUAACUCAUCUUAUUGCGGAAAAAGAACCCAUCAGCAAUCCAUCUUGGACUAUCGGCUGCUCAGUUGAAGUGACCCUCCAUGAGUACAAAAAAGGAACUGCAAACCAGAAAACAUACUUUGUAGAAUUAUGGGAUAUUGGUGGAAGCUCAAGUCACAGGAACGCACGCUGUAUAUUCUACAACCCUGUACACGGUAUAAUUCUAGUCCAUGAUCUAACAAAUCGCAAGUCUCAAGAGAAUUUACAGAAAUGGCUCGCAGAAAUCCUAAACAAAGAAGGCAUGAUGAAGUCCUUCAAUGCUAGUUUUGACGACUUUGACCCAGAACAGUUUAUUGGCUCCGCACAGAUUCCUAUUUUUGUUGUCGGGACGAAGUUAGAUUUGGCCGAUAAAGUACGAACCCAAAGAAGGUCAUCCACCAUUGCCUCAGAAUGUGGAGCAGAGGAGAUCCUAAUUAAUUGUAUGCGAGGAGAUUCCCUAGUAACUGGUUCAGCCCCAUCGGAAAAAUUAAGCCAGUUUUUCGAUAAAGUAAUCGAACUUCGAUAUCAUUCCAUUAAGGAUGGCAUCAGUCCACACUUCAACUCAGGAAUAGAAAAACCCAGAAGACCUUAUGUCUCACCCGUUGUCUCACCGAAAUAUUACCACAAUGAUUAGUCUUUUUACCUGUUAAAUAUUGUACAUAUGAAAUUUUUUAUUCAAAACAUCCUAUAGGUUUAAAAUUUAUUUAUACGCUAAUUUAAAUAUAUUUUACCAAUGAC